CGUCAUCACACCGCGCAGACUGUGUCGUCUCAAAGCGCCGCGUAAACAAAACGCAGAUGAUUCUGUGCAAACAUCCGUGAUUUGGCGCUAAAAUCUCCAAAAUGGCGGCUUCUUCAGAAACACAAAGUCUCCGGGAGCGACGGGAGCGGCUGCGGGAGCUGACGGAGUUCACGGAGAGCUGCAGACAGCAGCUCAGCGACAUGCGGGAGGCGCUGGGCCGCCAGGACUACAAGCAGGAAGCAAUGGAGCAGUGUCCCUACGACUCCAACCACAGAGUCCCGGUGAGGAGCAUGGAGAAACACAAAGCCUCCUGCAGCCUCCGAAAGAUGGGCUACUCCACUGAGGAGGAGGCGGAGAUGUUCGAUCCUUCUGUGUGUUAUGAGAACAGAAGUGUCAGAAGCUUUAAAAUGGACAAAUCCACACAGCACCAGGUGAUCCUGCAGGCCAGGUCUGCUGCACCACUGAUGAGGAUGGAAGGAGUCUUCUGGCAAGGUCAGUACUCCGGACAGCCUGUCGAUGUGCCGCAGAACCACAAGCACUCCGUGUGUGACCUCACCGUGGCCGACCGAUUGGCUCUGUACGAUCAUGUGCUCAGCCAGCGGAAAGAAGCUGCCUCCUCCAACAACGAGGAUCUCUACGUCGACUUGGUGUCCAAACUCCAGAAGAAUGAAGAGCAGAACGAGCCAAAGACUCACCUGGAGCUGAUGGCAGAGAUGAGGGACUACAAGAGGCGGCGUCAGUCCUACCGAGCCAAGAACGUUCACAUCACCAAGAAGUCCUACACUGAGGUGAUCAGAGAGGUGAUCAACGUCCACUCAGAGGAGCUCACCAAACAGUGGAGAGAGGAAGAGGCCGAGGAGGAGCCGACCAGAUCUGAACUGUCCUCCCACAGGCGCCGGCCGGAUGAAAAGCGUUCAACGUCUUUAGAGUCUCGCCAAUCCCACAGCCGACGCCGACGCAGCCGUGAACGAAGCCAAGAGAAAGAGAGCAAGAAGAAGAAGAAGAAGAGAGAGAGGGAUUCCGGCUCCCCGGAUGAACACCACCACCACCACCACGACCGAAAGAAGAAGAAGAAGAAGAAGAGAGAGGAAAGGGAGAAGGAGAAGUGAUGAAGUUGGAUCAGAUGAGGUCAAAGGUCAUCGUGGCCUCCACAGGUUAAAAGAUGUCACACAAGGUGAAUUUUGGAAAGAAAUAAAGUUUUGGGAACCAACAACCUUUUCAGCUUUUUGUGCUUCACAAUCUUAAAUUAUAUGUCUGCCAAUCUUGAACAGGCCCCGCCCCCGCCUAUCCCUGAUUGGCUGGGAGUGGUUUUCAACUACAGAACACAUGGAAUGUUGGACAGGAGUGUCAUCGCUGGCGGGGGUCAAAGGUCACUCUUGUUUUAGGCUUAACUUUUUCUGUGUGUCUUCAGGUGUUUACACAAGGUUUCUGCACUCAUUGGGAAACUUUGGAAAGUAUUUUAAUUUGAAAUUUGGGCUUCUGAAGUCUUGUGACUGGCAAUGUUUUAUUUUGAAAUCCAUUAAAAAAAUAGAUGCUACAUAAAUGUGUAACUCAUUUUUAAAAAUACAUAUAAUCAUACUUUUUCUGAUUUUAUGUAAUAAUGAUGAUACAAAUAAUAUCAAUUUUAUUUAUACAGCACCUUUUAAAACGGCAGUAAAAUGAAAAAAAUACACCAAAGUAACGUAAAAAACAAAAUAUAUGAUAUGAUUGAAAUAAAAUGAUGUGCUAGUAAAAAGUUUUUGUGAAGGGAAACAUGAUUCCUUUGACUCGGUUUAUAUGUUAAUUCUUCUUUUAGAGAUCCUUUUUGUUUGAAAUUUCCGAUAUUAAAAAUGAUCCACAUGUGAAAAGAAUAACAUUUAAAGGCUUAAAGUUUGAGACUCUGCUUGCAUGACUUUUCUUCACAA